UUUCCAUUCUGAUGGUAGGGAGGCAUGCUUUAAGGAUUUGUUGAAGAGACAUGUUAGUGAUGGAGUGCGCACAUUCUUUUAGUAAGCGGAUUGGUAUAUUAUCUGGACCAGAUGCUUUACUAGGAUCGAGGCAAUGAAGAACGUCAUAUACUUCACUUGGGGCUAAAAUAAUGUCAGAAAUGGUCUCUUCACAUACAGGUGUAGUGGGGAUUGAAAUAUCAUCACCUUCUGUUAGAAAUACUGAGUGGAAGUAGUCAUUGAACAUUUCUGCAGCUUGUUUUUGACUAGUGGAAUCUAAGCGUGGGGAGUCUUCGUUGCCUGUCGCGACGGAAACUUGCUGUAGAAUACGGCUGGAUUUAGUGGUUGUUUUAAAAAAUGACCAGAACAGUUUCGGAUUGGAUGGUAGAGCUUCGCUUAGGGAACCAAAGAACUUUUCCCGACUUUCUUUGAUUAAUCUCUUAGAUGUACGGCGGAGAUUCUUGUAUUUUUGUACAAGUGCAGCAGAAUUUGUUCCGCGACGGAUUUUUCGCCGUAGUGUUUCUUUCUUUUUGAUCAAAGAUUUUAUCUCACCGGUCAACCAUGGUGGAUUGUACCUUCCUUUUACAAUCUUUGUUGGAAUACAUUCGUCAGCUACAGCAAGGAAAGUGUCUCUCCAUAAAUUCCAGUUCUCGUUAAUGUCGGACAUCGAUGUGGGAUCGCUAAAUUCAAAUUCAAUCGAUUCAAAAGUACGGUUCAUUUUUUCAAAAUCCGCACGGUUGUAAUCGUAAACCGAUCUUUUGAGCUUGUGGGAAGGUGUUGCUGUACUUUGAAACUCAAAGAGUAUGCACUUGUGGUCGGAAAACAAAUUGAAAUUGGUUGGAUCAAUUACUUCAAUGUUGUUAACGUUGUCUGGAAUGUUUGUCAUGAUAAGAUCAAGAACGUUAGUUUCUCUUGUUGGAGCGAAGAUCAAUUGACUUAAGUAAUGGUCAGAUAAGGUGUUGUAGAAAAAUCUCUCGGAUUCACCGGUUGGGAUAACCAUGCUUUCAGACCACGAGAUUCGCGGGAAGUUGAAAUCACCAGUCAUUAUAAUUUUAUCGUAAGUGUCCAUGAUGUAAUCUAAGAACUUUUUAAAGGAGAGAAGCCAUUUUGACGAGGAGUCAGGAGCUCUGUAGCAGCAGACAACAAGGAUUCGCGCAUUGUUAGUGGCGCAUUCAACGCAGACGAUUUCUAGUUCAGUAUCUAAUUGAUUAAAGCAUACUUGCUUGGUUUCUGUAAAAGAAGACUCUUUUGUAGCUAUUAGUACGCCACCGCCGGUUUUACAUUUACGGUCGACACGGAAAACGUUAUAAUCUUGACGUAAAAUUUCUGCAUCAAAGUGUUUAUCGGACAGCCACGUUUCAGUGAGGAAAACGAUGUCUAUUUGCUCCGAGUAUACAAAAUCUUGAAGACUUGAAUUAUUUGAUAUCAUAUCUCCAUCAGAUGUUCUAUGUAAACUAAACAAACUUCGCGUAUUCCAGCUCAAACAGCGAAAUGUCUUACGUUCAGUCGCGAUGGUGUUGCUUCGAUUAUUUACGACGGAUGAACCGUGUUCGAGAUGCUCAGAUGAAAUAACUGGACCAGGAUUUAAUUCCACAUCGUUAGCUAAAAGAAUUAACAGCAAAGGCAAAGACGAUCUCUGUAACAAUAACAGACCGUGCACAAAACGAUGAACCGAGAGCAAAGUUACAUGUCUCUUAACACGACGAAGUCGAUAAGAAUACGGUGUUCCAAGCAUUUUCGUUGAGGCAUAGAACAAAUUAAUCUUGGUUUCUUUCGUAUUUUUUAUUCCACCUACAACCAACCAUAGAAAAACAAUAACGUAGAUGAAUUUUGGGAAAAUCAUUUCUAAUAGGAUUAGGAAUUGUAUUAAUUUUGUUCUUAUUAAUUAGCGCGCGCGCUUAAUUAAGCGCGCGUGUUGGCGUGUUCGUUUGCACUCGUGAGAUUAACCGUCCGUUUAGCUUGCGCGAGCGGAAAAGGCAACGAGAAAUGUCAGAUUCGGUACAAAAAUAAGCACAAAUCCACCAAUUACUCAAUAAAUUACCAAGAUAAUUUGAAAAAUACCACAGAUUUUCCAAGACGUCGACUUUAUCUACCAAUUCGUUGUAUAUUUUGUUUACAAAUCCAAAGAAGCAAUGACAAAAUCAUAUAAUUUUACAGAGCAAGGCGGCACACGGCCGCCUGUGCUGGCGUCACGUCACGUGUCACCUUGCUCAUAUCAUAGACAUAGACUAUGUGCACACGGUAACGUUUUCGAGCGUUUUCAGCUGUAACGUUUUCAAAAAGUGUCGUUUUCAAGCCGUGUCCACACGAAAACGGAUGAAAACGACAUCUUAUGACGAAAACGUUCUCAAUGCUAAAAACGUUUUCGGACAAGCGUUUUCACGUUGAAACGCUAAAAAUCCAAGAUGGCGGCUUAAAAUCAAAAUGUUAUAUUUUUGUUUCCUGGAAGCUUAAGAUCUUUCAUUGGAUCAUUAAUUCUUAAGUUAAAAACUUUAGCAACAAAUAAAACAAAAUAUAUAGCCUUUCAAAUGUAUAAUGAUUUAUGAACGAUUUAAAAUGCGGUUUGCUUUCGAAGACAUCAUUGACAGACUUCGUAUCGGUGAUGCUAAACAGUACAUAUAAAACUGUUUACUUUAUGAUAAUGAGCAGAGGACAUUUUAAGAAACUCGUUGACAAGUAAUGACUUUAUCUGGUGGAAAAUGAAUGGCAAUAACAAGCCGCUAGAGAUGGAAUUUUUAUCGAGACAAACAUUUGCAUCUCGUGAAAACGUUUCCGUGUGGACAGAGCGACAAACUGACAAAAUUGGAAACGACGUUUUAGAAACGCUCGGAAACGUUACCGUGUGCACAUAGUCAUAGUGUCGUGCUGUUUCAGAGUGAAAACUGUUUGUUUUUAUUUACUUCAGCUUGGAAAGACCAGAAUGACGCAGCCAUGCAGGUUUAUUUUCAUUAAUUGACAUUACUGACCUGCCUUUGAAUAGCUCUAUAAGUUCUAAAUUGUAUAAAAAUUUAGAUUUUGAAUAGAUUAUACAAUCUGAAUAGCUAUAUAAGUUCUAAAUUGUAUAAAAAUUUAGAUUUUGAAUAGAUUAUAAAAUCUGUAUAUCUUUAUAAGUUCUAAAUUGUAUAAAAAUUUAGAUUUUGAAAAGAUUAUAAAAUCUGAAUAGCUCUAUAAGUUCUAAAUUGUCUAAAAAUUUAGAUUUUGAAUAGAAAAUAAAAUCUGAAUAAGCUCUAUAAGUUAUAUAGCUGUAUAUAAAAAUUUAGAUUUUGAAUAGAAAAGAAAAUCUGGAUAGCUCUAUAAGUUAUAUAGCUGUAUAUAAAAAUUUAAAAUCUAAAUUGUAUAAAAAAUUUAUUUACUGUAUAGAUCAAGGAAUUGUAAUCACCUCCAGUGUUUUGAUGCAGCAUUGUACCUACAAAUGAACGAGAGGUUAGUUUUAUAGAAGAUUUUCAUCAUGACAUGUAUCGGUGUUUAUGCUUUUAUUUUAUUUUGGAUCCAGCGUGAUAACAUAUAAGUUGUACUCUAAGUUGGCCGAUAUUCUGAUAUCUAUUUUACUACAAUUUUUUUUCAGGAAGAGCAGAUGGAUUUGCCCUGUAUGUGACCAAGAAGCGAGGUUCAUUGAUCUAAUCAUUGAUGGGUAUGUGAGCGUAUCGUUCUACCAUACGCGAGACCAAGGCCGGAUUUUGGUGGAACUAGUGGGGGAGGUGGAAAAAAUUUAGGGCAGGUGCACCGGUCUAGCUCACGGCCCCCAUGGAAAGUUAGGGCUUAGAACGGGACAAAGUCAACGACGUGACGUAUGCAUGUAGUGUACAUAUGUAUCUCAGUGUGUUAAUGAAUUAUGACUGUACAACUCAUCCAAUUUCGCCCUUCAUUACAAUUACUACAAAGUUUCUUUCAAAACAUUGCAUUAGAAGGGUACGUGACACAAAGAUGAAUGGCUAUCACUGUUUCAAUUUUACAGAAAACUUGUUUACGAAGUGUAGACCCUAAGCAACCAAAAAUGUCAAAUUUUCACUUUGAUCUAUCAUGCAUUGAAACUUUCUCAAUGGGAGGUGCAUGACUUUUCAGGGGAGGUGCAAAAAUUCUCAUGGGAGGUUUCAAAACGAUCUCCCCACACGGGCCACACCACACCUCACCUCAAAAUCCGGCCAUCUGUAGAAGUUGAAGAAUUGCUGACUUUUUAGAAUGAUCAAUUCAAUUAACGCACUGUUAAUUGGUUGUUUUUGUAUCUCAGUUUAUUUAUGGAAAUUCUCGAGGAGUCUCCUCAAAAUAACGACAUUGUGUUCUUCGAAGAUGGCUCAUGGGAAGCGAUUGGCGCCAAUGGUUAGUUCACAGUUUUGUUUUAGCCAAUAAAAAGGCGGCGACACAUUUAAGUUUUCAACAAAAUGCUACCAUGUGGUAAAAUUCAAAAACUCAACUGAAAUAACUCUAGAUCACUUUAUCAUAUAUUCAUAUGAGAUCGAAAGAUUCAGAGGAAAGAUUGUAGACAAAGUUGACUAACAGUGUCUUGUACAGAGUGUAUAAAAAAAAUGUACACCCUUUUAAAUUCAAAUUAAUAGCCAUAACCUUUUAAAUAUUCGUUGCUCUGCAGUAAGCUGGCCCAUUUUAUAUCUUAUGCAGACUUGAAUAAUGCUUAAUUUAAACAUUUUUCUUUGAGUUGUGUAUUUGUUCAUACAAAUAGAAGUUAUCCUAAAUUCCCAUGUGCAGAAGACCUUGUGUUUUCACGCAUUCAUUAAUUCGAGAAAUUAUACGGCUGUCAAAUUACUACAAUAGGUUACGGUUAAUUUGAAUUUGAAAGGAUGUACAUUUUUUUUAAUCACCCUGUAGAUGGAAAUUAUAGGGUGGAGAAGACCCUUCAACUAUUAUUCUCGAGUGAGAUGACAGUACCCUAGUAUAUAUACAUGCAUGAACUUGUGGUUACAGAGCUCGACAACUGGCCUCUGUAACUCAGUUGGUUAGAGCGCUGCACCGGAACUUUUUACACCAUUACUGGGUGUAAAAAUGGUGCUUACACUCGCAAUUUUUCGACAGCUGAUUGCUCUCAAAGGUCUUUGAAAAGUCUUUGAAAAUAGGCAGAAAAAAUCUUUGAAUGUCUUUGAAUUUUUUUGAUCUUGGAGACUACGAACCCUGACAUAGAAAUUGAAUAACACAAUGGUGACGACAAUAGGCAAUUCCAGCUUUUAAUUUAUGCGCGCAAGGGGUAACGAGAAGUAAGGCAUCAAUAUCAUAUUGCUGAUUAUGCUGAAACAUUUCAAUAAAAACUGCCGAAGCAUUUCAAUAUUUACAAGUAUAAGCUAUCACUCCGUGUUAAACACUCCGUACGGCCACCAUUUUUAUUUUUUCAGCAUAAUCAGCAAUAUGAUACCUUACUCCCCCCUCUGCACUAUGCGACUAAAAGCUGGAAUAGUCGACCUGGAUUGCUAGACGUGUAAUCAGUUUGUCAUCUAACUAUUUUCCCUUUCAUUUGACAACGUUGUCUAGAUGCGGCAACGAAAAUGACUGUGAUUUCCAGCCCUAAAGUCAAAAUCGAAAAACCGAGGAUUAUUGAAGAAGAGAGUAAGUAGAACACAUGGUAUAAGCUCUUUGACAUCUUGAGGCCUUUGUAAAGAGUUAUACGGAGAACUAAAUCAUAUUCAGAGCUUGAAAAAGAAAGAAAAAAUAUGGCUUGUUUUCUUGGCUAUAGAAUUUUGCCUGUCAUUGCAUUCUUGACUUGGCACAAUUAUUUUCACCCGCCAUCUAUUAAAAAUUGGUAGACUGCUAUUUCAUGUCCUGGUCAUGUGGCAGUAGUGAGUUUCAUAGCCAUUUUCCCUUCGAUACAGUAAACACGAAGCUCUAGGAAGAUGGUUAGUGUAAUUAAUUCAUUAAUUAUGGUUAAUGUAAUUGUAUAAUAGUAUUUGUAAAAUAGGGCCCACCGUAAUUGGUUUCAUACUGUUGUGGUGACUCUGGCCUGCCACUCUUUUUUCAUAAUAUCGAAUUACGAUGAUGUUGAUUUAGAGUCCAGAAACAAGGCAAAUCCCCCUGUCAUUGAUCUCACAUUGAGUAGCGGCGACGAAGACGACGAGGAUGACUGUAAAUAUGAACAACCAUUAUCAUCAAGGUUAGACUUAACUGUUUCUACGUUUCAUAGUGAAAAAAUAUAUCUGUUCAGCCCUUCAGGUAUCUGUUUAAAGUCCUGGCUACUAAUGAUUUGGGUAUGGCCAAUACUGUUUUGCUCUAUACUGAGGCUCCGGCUAUUAAUUGGUUUGCGAAGGGAGUAUGCAAAGAAUGUGGAAGGUCGAAGCUUCAAGGGCGCUUUGAGUUGAGUGGUGGGCAAAGGCUUGCAAGCUUUGUCUAUUUGGUAUAUUGUCCGAGUGCAAGACCGGGCUAAAAAUUUCAGCUUGUCAUGACUUCAAGUACCAGCGAAUUAAAUUGGACUCGGGUAAAGUUGAUGACAGAAUAGAGUGGAGAAAGGCGACAUUAACCCUUGAGGGGACAAACGGGAUGAUGUGAUCAUCAUCGAUCAUUAUCGAUGAUCAUUAUCAUCGAUUAUUGUCAUCAUCGAUUAUUAUCGAUGAUAUCGUUAUCAUCGAUUAUCAUCAUCAUCGAUCAUCAUCAUCGAUCAUUAUUAUCGAUCAUCAUUAUCGAUCAUCAUCAGGAUGGCUUUCCUUCGCUUAAUCUUACAUAUAUUUUUUAAAGGAUCCCAGUUCUCACUUCGGUUUCGUCAUCUCGCCAUGCAGCCGUGCCAACUCCAGUAGGCUCGCCAUUCACGUUUUCAGAUUAUUUUCCAACCGGGAGUCCAUCGCCUGUCGCCUUACCUGACCUCGGUAUGUAUGGAAUCCUUGUAUGUCCUCCAAUGUGUUCUCCUCAACUUGAUGCUACAACUACAAUUAAUCUCUUGCAUUCUCUUGCCAUUUAGGUGAUCUGCCACCUUUCUUUGGAGGAGAAUCAUUUGUAUGUUACGUAACACCAUACAUAUCUUAUAUACACUAGAUAGUGCAUCUAAUUAUUCUGCAAUUCAAAAAUUGAAGCCGUGAUUGCAGAUACAGGAUAUUCCCAUGAAAUGAGAAGACUCGUAUGUAUUCUAUUUCUUAAACAGGGAACUUAAACAUUAAGUUAAACUUAUUCCAAAUAGUUAUUCAAAUGAUGAAAGUUAUUGUUGUUUUUUAAGCGUUUAUUAGCGAGUGGGAAACUUCAACAUGGCCGCCAUCUAUUCAAAUGGGGGUAACCGCUGGAAUAUUAUUGGCUUCAAUUUUACUAAAAGAGAUGCGCUAUCUAGUGUAUAUAAGAUAUCUAUGCGUAACACGCGCUCAAAACUAAAUUACUAAUGAAUAUACAUUUCCACUUGCUUAUAACUAUAUUCAAUUUUUUAAUUCUUGAUACGUUCCUCGAUCGGCAAACAAACUUAAAAAGUAUGUUUAGUGCUUUAUCUGUAAAAUAAUGCUAAAAUGAAGAGAUUUUAGAUGGUAUACCAAAGAAAAAAUGAUGUCUGAAGUUCAGUAAGUUUCGCUUAUAUUGCUGUAUAAAUAUGGCGUCAAUUUUACAGCAUCAAUGAUAAUUGUAUUUAAAUUGACAAUAUUUAACUAUUAUUUUGUGUUUCUCAACCGUCAGAUACAUUUAAAAAAAAAGAUUGCUAACUGUGUACACUACAAAAUAAAGAUAAAACAAAGUAAUUCCAAGAGGAACGCCACAAAAAGAUUUUAGGUUUUGAACACCGCGACAAAAAUCUCAAUGACAUAAAAAUAAGUUCUUUGUACGUUUGCAUGGCGAUAAAACAUAUAAUAGUUUUGUUUGUGGAAACACCACGUAGAUUUAUUACUGCAAAGCUUUCGAUCCGUAAGCCCGGAUCUUCAUCAGUGCUAAUAAUAUGUAACAAAAAAAUAAUAAUAUGUGUGUUUACUUCUAAAAUUUCAAGCUGUCGCGGUUUGUGUCUGAGCUGGAAAAGAUUAAAACCUAUUGAUAUUAAAACCUUUUGUCAAACACCAGGAUAGUUUGUAGCUAUAAUUUGUUUUUCAUGUUUGCAGCUUCCAUAUUACGUCAGCGGUCUUGACCGUCAGGGCAUGCGUGGUCAAACAGCAGCACACGCCAUCACUUUGGAUUGA